GAACUGGAGCCAGCCCUUUUUAUUGGCUUCACUUAAUAAACAAUUAAUAAUAAACUAACAUUGGCGUGAAUUUUUGUCUCUCCACCUCCAAGGUCCAACUGUCAUCCUCCAGUAUCAUUUUCAUCUCUCUGUUUGUCGGUUGCUUUAAGAUUAGCUGAGCCUCAGCUUCAGCCUCUCAGUAUUUCAGAUAAUUAUUAAUAAUGCUUGCGGAUCAGUUAUGUCUUCCUACACUCUCUGCUUUCAAUCCAACUUUUUUGGAUCGAUCGAAAGCCACCGCUACUUGCUGUUCUGUAUCCAUUCAAGUUCAACUAUAUUGCAGUACCGCGGUAAAACGGUGUCGUAAUCCUCAAUCUCUCUUCCUUUCUUCCAAAUCUUCCCGCCGAAGCUUUGCUGUCCGAUCCUCAACUCACGCCGAUCAUCACGAUGACGACUUUCUCCCGGCCUCCCUUCUCGUCACAGAAACCGUGUUGCAUUAUCGUAUGCGAAGACAAGGAUUUCUAGAAAAUAUCAAAUGGCAGAGUUCGAGUUCUAGUUCUAAUCAACUGGGUCCGUUUCCUUUCCGAGCUAAGAAUUCGGGAGAUGAUGUCACUUCUAUUGGUCAACAUUUUCUUAGUCGAUUUCAAAGUCCCACCAUUUUUCUCAAGAUUUCUUGUGAUGGAGAUUUCUUGCUUCCGAUUAUUGUAGGGGAGUUUGCAGUUGAAAAAAUUAUAGAUGCAUUGUUACGUGAAGAUAAUGGAGAUUGCCCAGAUCAGUUCCAGUUCGUGAAAAAUCUUGUGGAUGAACUUGGUUAUGAAGUGAAUAUGGUACAAAUUACUAAAAGAGUGGUGAAUACUUACUUUGCGAAGUUGUACCUUAGCAAGCCAGGGAAAAGUGAUAUUAUUAGUCUAGAUGUCCGACCCUCAGAUGCGAUCAAUGUGGCAAAUAGAUGCAAGGCUCCAAUAUAUGUAAGUAAAGAAAUUGUCUUGGAAGACACUAUAAGAAUUGGUUAUGGGACAGGCAGAGGGCGUGAUGCAAAGCCUACUUAUGACGUAUAUCUUGACAGUGCCUCAGAAGGUCCAGAUUUAGUUGCUGAGGAACUUAAUCUGGUGAGGAAUAUGGAUAUAGCUGUUAAAGAGGAGAGGUAUAGCGAUGCAGCCAUGUGGAGAGACAAAUUAACAGAGCUUCGCCAGUCUAGACAUUGAGUGGGCAAACUAUUGGUUCACUAAUACUUUCAAAUAUUUAUCAACUUGGGGCAUGACAGUGUGAGCACUCACCUGGAAGAGAAGCUUGAAAUCUUUUAGGUAGAAAUAUUCAAAGAUAAAGGAAUCCGAUGAAAAGUGAAGGCAUAUACAAAGAUACUUCUCUGAGGAUUUUGGUAUGUACAGAUUCAGAUUUGGAAUAUUUCCAUAAUUGUAUAAACAGAAAAUCAUGUAUCUAGUCUUAGUUUUUCAAGUUAUAGAGAUGAUCGAUUUUCCAUUGCACAGAGAUAAUGUUCUCUGUGUCCAUUUGGAUCGUACAGAGAUAAUUAAAUUAUGUACAUAAAUACUCAUAUAUUAUUAUAUAAUUAGGUGUUAUUUUAUCUUUAA